GGGCUGCCUUUGGACGCCUGGUGGGUGAAAUCAUGGCCUGGCUCUUCCCCGAUGGAAUACUAUUCGACGGCAUUCUUUACAAAAUCUUACCUGGAGGUUAUGCGGUGAUCGGCGCUGCGGCUCUGACCGGCGCAGUGAGCCACACGGUGUCCACAGCGGUGAUUUGCUUUGAGCUGACGGGACAGAUCUCUCACAUCCUGCCCAUGAUGGUGGCCGUCAUCCUGGCCAACAUGGUGGCCCAGAGUUUGCAGCCGAGCCUCUACGACAGCAUCAUCCAAGUGAAGAAGUUGCCCUACCUGCCGGACUUGGGCUGGAAUCAGAUCAG